AUACUGGUAUUUACACAAGCGUUAGUUGUUCAAGUGUGUGAGACUAAAAUCUUUGGUUUACGUUUGAAAACGUUUAAAUUAUUAACACAGUUAUUCUAUCACCAUGGCUGAUGCGGCGGCCCGUCAAUUGCAAUACGAAUAUAAAGCUAACUCGAAUCUUGUAUUACAAGCUGACGUACGAUUGAUCGAAAGACGAAGCCGUGAUGAAGCUACCGGUGAAGUUAUGUCCCUUGUGGGCAAGUUGGAUGGGACCAGGAUGGGUGAUCGAGCACAAAGAAGUAAACCCAGUAAAGUUGAAGAGCGUAAAGUCAAACGUCAAAAACGAGAUGAAGCACAAUAUGAUUUUACUAGAAUGAAAGGAGCAACGUUACUAUCUGAAAGUGUCGAUGAGAUAACUGCUAUUGUUUACCGGCCAAAAACACAAGAGACGCGACAAACCUAUGAGGUAUUGUUAAGUUUCAUACAAGAAGCAAUCGGUGACCAGCCACGUGAUAUUCUCUGUGGUGCGGCGGAUGAAGUCCUCGCUGUAUUGAAGAACGAUCGAUUAAAGGAAAAAGAAAAGAAGCGUGAAACGGAAUUACUAUUAGGUGGUGUUUUAGCUGAAGAACGUUUUGCUCUGUUGGUAAAUUUAGGUAAAAAAAUAACAGAUUUCGGCAAUGAGGAUAAACCAGUAACCAAUGAAGAAAAUAUCGAUGAAACUUAUGGUAUAAAUGUACAGUUUGAAGAGAGCAGUGAAGAGGAUAAUGAAGAUGUACAUGGAGAAAUUCGAGAAAUCGAUGAUGAUGGAGAAGAAGGUGAAGAGGCUAAUGACAAUCGUGCUAUACAUGCAGAAAAUCUUGGAGGAACAGAAGAAACCAAGAAAGAGAAACCACUACACCCACUUGAUAUUGAUGCUUACUGGCUGCAACGUCGACUCAGUAGAAUUUACGACGAUGCUAUAGUGUCACAAGCACGCGCUGUUGAAGUUUUAGCUGUUCUUCGCGACGCAGUAGAUGAACGUGAGUGUGAAAAUUCUCUUGUCCUCCUUCUUGGUUAUGACUGCUUCGACUUCAUUAAACAGUUGAAAAAAUAUCGUUUUAUGAUCGCUUACUGCACAAUGUUAGCUUCAUCACAGUCAGAAAUUGAGAGACAAAGAAUACGCAAUAAAAUGAAUGAUAAUCCCAUUUUGGCAAAAAUUUUACGGCAAUUGGAUACUGGAAAGGGAGAUGAUGAUGCUGACGAAACCAUGGAAGCCCGAACACAACGAAAAAGACGAGAGGAAAAUGAAGACACUGGAGGUCCAGGUGGUCAAAUACAAGGAACAAGAAAUACGAUUGAUCUAGAAGAUUUAGCGUUUGUUCAAGGUUCUCACUUUAUGGCUAAUAAGCGCUGUCAAUUACCGGAUGGAAGCUUCCGAAAACAACGUAAAGGUUAUGAAGAAGUUCACGUGCCAGCUUUGAAAUCCAAGCCUUUUGAAGAUCAUGAAAAAUUAAUCCCUAUUGAUCAAUUACCUGAGUACGUUAAACCAGCUUUUGAAGGAAUCAAAACAUUAAACAGAAUCCAGAGUCGUUUGUAUCGGACCGCAUUGGAUAGCGAUGAAAACUUAUUGCUUUGCGCGCCAACAGGUGCAGGUAAAACUAAUGUCGCAUUAUUGUGUAUGAUGCGAGAAAUUGGUAAACAUGUUAAUUCAGAUGAAACUAUUAAUGUAGAUCAGUUUAAAAUUAUCUACGUAGCGCCAAUGCGUUCACUUGUACAGGAAAUGGUUGGGAGUUUUGGAAAAAAAUUAGCAAGUUAUGGUCUUACUGUAUCUGAAUUGACUGGUGACCAUCAAUUGACUCGUGAACAAAUAGCUGGGACGCAAAUUAUUGUUUGUACACCAGAAAAAUGGGACAUUAUUACACGUAAAGGUGGUGAAAAAACAUUUACAUCACUUGUAAGAUUAGUUAUUAUUGAUGAGAUUCAUUUACUGCAUGAUGAACGAGGUCCAGUACUAGAGUCUCUUGUUGCAAGAACAAUUCGAAAUAUUGAGACAACCCAAGAAGAUGUUCGUUUAGUCGGUUUGUCUGCGACUCUACCUAAUUAUCAAGACGUAGCCCAAUUUUUACGUAUCAAACCUAAGACUGGUUUAUUUUAUUUCGACAACAGUUAUCGUCCAGUACCCCUAGAGCAGCAAUACAUUGGUGUUACAGAGAAAAAAGCUUUAAAACGUUUUCAAGUUAUGAAUGAAAUCGUUUACGAGAAGACAAUGGAGCAUGCGGGAAAAAAUCAAAUUUUGAUUUUUGUUCAUUCGCGUAAAGAAACUGGUAAAACUGCAAGAGCUAUAAGAGAUAUGUGUUUGGAAAAAGACACAUUAGGACAUUUUCUUAAAGAAAAAUCGACUACUAUGGAAGUAUUACGCAGUGAAUCAAACGAGGUAAAAAAUCAAGAACUAAAAGAUUUACUGCCGUAUGGAUUUGCUAUUCAUCAUGCUGGUAUGACUCGAGUUGAUCGUACCCUUGUUGAAGAUUUGUUUGCUGAUAGACAUAUUCAGGUGCUUGUCUCAACUGCUACGUUAGCUUGGGGUGUUAAUCUUCCGGCUCACACCGUUAUUAUCAAAGGUACUCAAAUAUAUAACCCUGAAAAAGGUCGUUGGGUUGAAUUAGGAGCUCUUGACGUAUUACAGAUGUUGGGUCGUGCUGGUCGUCCUACGUAUGAUACUAAAGGUGAAGGUAUUCUUAUCACCAACCACAGUGAAUUGCAAUACUAUCUAUCACUCUUAAACCAACAGUUACCGAUUGAAUCUCAGCUAAUAUCAAAAAUGCCCGACAUGUUAAAUGCUGAAAUUGUCCUAGGUACAAUUCAAAAUGUUCGUGAUGCGGUAGUUUGGCUUGGAUACACAUACUUAUACAUCAGAAUGCUACGCUGCCCAAAUUUAUACGGCAUCAGUCAUGAUAAACUAAAAGAAGACCCACUUCUCGAAUUACAUCGUGCAGAUCUCGUCCAUUCAGCAGCUGUAGCUCUCGAUCGUAGUGGUUUAGUUAAAUAUGAUCGAAAAUCUGGAAACUUUCAGGCAACUGAACUCGGUAGAAUUGCAUCUCAUUAUUAUUGUACUCACGAAACAAUGUCGACAUAUAAUCAAUUGUUGAAAAAAACACUCUGUGAAAUAGAAUUAUUUCGAGUAUUUUCAUUAUCAAGUGAAUUUAAACAUCUUAAUGUAAGAGAAGAAGAAAAAUUAGAGCUGCAAAAAUUAAUGGAAAGAGUUCCAAUACCAAUUAAGGAGAGCAUUGAAGAACCAAGUGCUAAAGUUAAUGUUUUGUUACAAGCCUAUAUUUCUCAACUAAAACUUGAAGGAUUUGCUCUUAUGUCAGACAUGGUGUUUGUUACACAGUCAGCCUCACGUUUAAUGAGAGCUAUUUUUGAAAUUGUUUUAUUCCGUGGAUGGGCACAAUUGGCAGAUAAAUGUUUGGCUCUAUGUAAAAUGAUUGAUCGACGAAUUUGGCAGUCAAUGUCACCAUUGCGACAGUUUAGAAAAAUGCCUGAAGAAAUCGUAAAGAAAAUUGAGAAGAAAAGUUUUCCUUGGGAACGAUUGUAUGAUUUAGGACCUAAUGAAAUUGGUGAGUUAAUUCGAGUACCAAAACUCGGUAAAACUGUUCACAAAUAUAUACGUCAAUUCCCAAAACUUGAAUUGGCGACACACAUUCAACCUAUUACUCGUUCGACAUUACGUAUUGAAUUAACUAUUACACCAGAUUUUCAAUGGGAUGAAAAAGUUCACGGUGCAUCAGAAGCAUUUUGGAUUUUGGUUGAAGAUGUUGAUUCAGAAGUUAUUUUACAUCACGAAUAUUUUCUUUUAAAAUCCAAAUUCGCGACUGAUGAUCAUCUAAUUAAAUUUUUUGUACCAGUUUUUGAACCGUUGCCACCUCAAUACUUUUUGCGAGUUGUGUCAGAUCGUUGGAUUGGUGCGGAAUCCCAGUUACCAGUGAGUUUCCGUCAUUUAAUAUUGCCAGAAAAAAAUUUACCUCCAACUGAAUUACUUGAUUUACAACCAUUGCCAAUAACAGCGCUGCGUAAUCCGAAAUUUGAAGCAUUAUAUGUAGACAAAUUUCCUCAAUUCAAUCCAAUUCAAACUCAAGUUUUUAAUGCUGUUUAUAAUUCAAAUGAUAAUGUGUUUAUCGGUGCACCAACAGGUUCAGGAAAAACGACAAUUGCUGAGUUUGCUAUUUUACGAUUAUUUUCUCAAAAUCCGGAUGGACGUUGUGUUUAUAUGGUGACUAAAGAAGCACUUGCUGAAUUAGUUUACGCAGAUUGGCUUGUUAAAUUUGGUCGUAAUCUCGGUAAAAAAGUGGUUUUAUUGACCGGUGAAACCGGUACAGAUUUAAAACUACUUGCAAAGGUUCAUAUAGUAAUAACAACUGCCGACAAGUGGGACGUAUUAUCACGGCGUUGGAAGCAACGUAAAAAUGUCCAAAAUAUCCAACUUUUUAUUGUCGACGAAUUGCAGUUGAUCGGCGGUGAAGAUGGCCCUGUACUUGAAGUAGCUUGUUCACGAGCACGUUAUAUAUCAGCACAGUUGGAAAAACCAACCCGAAUUGUUGCUCUCUCAGCGUCACUGGCAGAUGCUAAAGAUGCUGCUCAAUGGCUUGGUGCCCCUGCUGCUGCGACAUUCAACUUCCAUCCAUCAGUGCGACCAGUGCCAUUAGAACUUCAUGUACAAGGUAUAAAUAUAACUCACAACGCGUCAAGAUUAGCAGCUAUGGCCAAACCCGUAUACAAUGCUAUUUUACGCCAUGCACAAAAAAAACCAAUCAUUAUAUUUGUUCCAACCCGAAGACAAGCAAGAUUAACAGCUAUUGACAUUCUUACAUUUGCUGCUGCCGAAGGUCAACCAUCAAAAUUCUUCCACGCUGAAGAGGCUGAUAUAAAACCAUUUUUAGAUCGCAUGAGUGAUAAGACAUUGAAAGAAACAUUAUCACAGGGUGUUGCUUAUUUACACGAAGGUUUAUCCACUGACGAUCGACAUUUGGUUGAACAGUUAUUUGACAGUGGUGCAAUUCAAGUUGCUGUUGUUACCCGUGAUCUAUGCUGGGGUUUAUCCAUCAGUUCUCACUUGGUAGUUGUAAUGGACACUCAGUCUUACAAUGGUAAAACACAUGCUUAUGAAGAUUAUCCAAUUACUGAUAUACUACAAAUGGUUGCUCGUGCUAACAGACCGCUGGAAGAUGACGAUGCUAAAUGUGUAUUAUUGUGUCAGAAUUCCAAGAAAGAUUUCUUUAAAAAAUUCUUAAAUGAACCACUUCCUGUUGAGAGCCAUCUUAACCAUGGUCUUCACGAUCAUUUUAAUGCCGAAAUAGUUACAAAAACAAUUGAAAACAAGCAAGACGCCGUUGAUUAUUUAACAUGGACAUUCCUGUAUCGGCGUUUAACACAAAAUCCAAAUUAUUACGCCCUUCAAGGAGUGACACAUCGUCAUUUGUCAGAUUAUCUGUCAGAAUUAGUUGAACAGACACUAAGCGAUCUCGAGCAAGCCAAAUGUGUUGCAGUUGAAGACGAAAUGGAUACACUACCUCUUAAUUUAGGAAUGAUCGCUGCUUAUUAUUACAUAAAUUACGCGACAAUCGAAUUGUUCAGUCACUCACUUACCAGCAAAACUAAAAUUCGAGGGUUACUUGAGAUAAUAUCAUCGGCUGCUGAGUACCAAUCUGUUCCUGUGAGACAACGGGAAGAAAAUCUAUUGAAAAGCUUGGCACAAAGAUUACCACAUGCACCUCAAGUAUCAAGAAUGGCUGAUCCACAGGUUAAAGCCCAAUUACUCUUGCAAGCUCAUUUGUCGCGAAUUCAGUUGGGUCCAGAAUUACAAAAAGAUACGGAAUACGUAUUAAGCAAGGCGAUAAGAUUAAUCCAAGCAUGUGUAGAUGUUUUAAGUUCUUCGGGAUGGCUAGCACCAGCCGUUGCCGCUAUGGAACUUGCACAAAUGGUUACUCAAGCAAUGUGGUCAAAAGAUUCGACGCUUAAACAAUUACCGCAUUUCACUGCCGAAACAAUUAAGAGGUGUACGGAAAAGAAAAUCGAGACGGUAUUUGAUGUGAUGGAACUAGAUGAUGAAGACAGAAAUAGAUUGUUACAGAUGACUGAUGCUCAAAUGAUGGAUAUUGCUAAAUUUUGCAAUCGCUAUCCUAAUAUCGAGAUGUCAUACGAAAUUGAAGACAAGGACAGAAUUCGCUGUGGUAACACUGUUAAUAUUGUAGUUCAAUUAGAGCGUGAAGACGAUGUUGGUGGACCAGUUGUUGCACCAUUCUUCCCUCAAAAACGCGAGGAAGGUUGGUGGGUCGUUAUUGGAGAUCCUAAAACAAAUUCACUUUUGUCAAUCAAAAGAGUAAACUUGCAACAAAAAGCUAGAGUAAAAUUAGAUUUUGUUGCUCCUGCAGUAGGACAACAUUCAUACACUUUGUACUUCAUGAGUGAUGCGUAUUUGGGAUGCGAUCAAGAGUAUAAAUUUACUCUAAAUGUUGGAGAAUAUGAAUCGGAAGGAAGUUCUCACUCUGAUUCAGAAUAAGCUUAUUGAAGGAUAAUUCAAUUAUAAAUUGUAAAUUACUUACGGAAAGAUUAUGCAUUAAUUAUUCUCUUUUUUUUUCGAAAGUAGACGUCAUACACAUUAUUAUAAUUAUUAUUAAUUGAUUAUUUAUAAGAUCGUAGCGUAGACGAGAAGUUGAUUAAAUAAUUUUCGAUAUAAUUAAUCUAAACUAAUAUUUCUACUUUUAUGAUUUUGAUGUUU